AUGACGUCCAACGACCGACACGCCUCGCACGACUCGCCCUACCGCACCGGCCGCCACAUCCCCAUCCCCCAGAGCCGCCAUGCCGCCCUGAGCUCCGUCGCGACUGGCGGUGUCGAGUCCCGCGUCGACCUCUCCUCGUCCUACACACACGAGGAGCCCGCCAUGAGCAAUGGCUUCAUUGGCUCUCCCCGGGGCCCCAUGUCGCCGAACUCGCCCUACUCGCCGGGCAUGCGCUCGUCGCUGAGUCGUCAGCCGACCACCGAUGGCGACGCGUUCGACAAGGGCCCAAAUGUCUCCCACGGCGAGAUUCCCAUGCAGAACUUCAGCGAGGGCCUCCCCCCGCCGCCGCCUGUGUCACACUCGUGGAAGCGCAUUGAUCGCUGGAUUGAGGACAACUACACAGAACUCUUCGACAACGUCUGCGAAGGAGCCACCGGGAACGACGUCAACGAGCUGGAGCACGAGCUCGAUGCCACACUCCCCAUGGACGUUCGCGAGUCUCUGCAAGUCCACGACGGCCAAGAGCGCGGCGGUCUCCCGACAGGUGUCCUCUUCGGCUUGAUGUUGCUCGACUGCGAGGAGAUCGUGCAGGAGUGGCAGAACUGGCGCAAGGUCGCCGAGGAAUAUCUCACCAACAAGCCAGACUACCGCACACCACAAAUCCCCGCCAAAGCCUUUGCCAGCUCGUCCACCGCUCCUCCCAUUGCGCAGCCUCAGCCAUCGGGCAACCCUCUUUGGCGGCAGGAUCUGCAGGCACGCCAGGACUCGCAGCCCCCCAAUGCCGUCCAGAAGGCCUACGCCCACCCUGCGUGGAUCCCUCUUGCCCGUGACUGGGGAGGCAACUACCUUGCUGUUGAUCUCGCCCCAGGCUCCAGUGGCACAUGGGGCCAGAUCAUCAUCUUCGGCCGAGACUACGACUGCAAAUUUGUCGUCGCGCGUUCCUGGGGCGCUCUGUUGGCCAUGAUCGCAGAUGAUCUUGGCUCGGAGAAUGUUCACAUCGAUGAGGAUAGCGGCGAGUUGAAGCUCUUGGCAUUCAAGCGACAGAAUGUCGAGCCUCCGUACCUAGAAGUUCUUCGCUGGCGAUGUGACCAAAAGAAUGGUCGGAGACCGAUCAAGCGUCGCCCACACAGCUUGCGCGUUAAUCCUAAUGCUCCUGGUGGAGUGGUUCCCAGCAGCACGGCUAGCAGCCCGUAUUCGAGUCCUGUCCUUGGACCAGAAGACCGCGGUCGAAGCCCCCACCGCCUGUCGCUCAAAACCAAAGGUGUCAGCCCUCGAGGCAAGCUUUCAAGUCCUCUGGCGAGAGUCGCGGAAGAGUCUAUGCAACCGCUUCGUGUACACACUGAUGCAGAAUCGAAAGCCAAUGCUCCACAAGACAAGCUCAUUCCUGUCGAUACUCCGAGACCAAGCGACGACUUCCCAUCUAGAGGUAGCAUAGGCAGUGACAAAGAAAACAAGGACGUCAAGGACACCAAGGAGAACAAGGCAAUAAAGAGCCCGGUCGCUGAAACUUCGGAGCUCAAGACGGUCGAGAUCUAG